AAAGUUCAACAGAUAGGCGAAAGAGGGGAGGGCACGUUGUGUCGCGUUCGUGGCGUGGACUGUCGAGACCAGUCGAGACUGUGGAGAACGGUCGCGGGUCGAGAGGAACGGAGCAUGGAGCAGCACCCGGACCCGAGUGUACAUGUAUACAACACGAAAAUGAGUCUACCGACUUGCGACUGGCAGACAAGCAAGCAGAAACUGUCCGAGCGUGGCCAACAUCUGCUUGAGACUGGACAAUGGUCCGACUGCAACUUUAUUGUUGGCCAGGAACCCCAACAACAGACUCUCAAGGGUCACAAACUCUUCCUGGCCAUGUCCAGUCCAGUCUUCGAAGCUAUGUUCUUUGGUGGUAUGGCAGAGAAAAACGAUCCAAUACCGAUAAGGGAUGUUCAACCGGAGGCGUUCAAAGCCUUGCUCGAAUACAUAUACACAGAUAAAGUUGAGCUAGGUUCCUUUGAAUUGGCCUGUGAGUUGUGUUAUUGCGCCAAAAAGUACAUGCUGCCAUCCUUAGUAGAGGAAUGCACAAAGUAUCUGUGGUGCGAUCUCUCUCCAAAGAAAGCUUGCAGAGCGUACGAGUUUGCCAAGCUUUUUGAAGAGCCCGUAUUAAUGGAGAAAUGUCUGCAGAUCAUACGCACCAAGACGGACGAAGUAUUGAAGGAAUCCAGCUGGGAAGAUGUAGAGUUGGGGACGCUUAUCAAAGUCUUGGAGCAAGACGAUUUGCAAAUCAGUUCUGAGAUUGAGUUAUUUACCGCAGUGGAACGAUGGGCUAAGGCUGAGUGCUCUAGAAAAUCUCUCGAUCCUACCAAUGGGAAAUCUCUCAAGUCCGUCAUUGGAAAUGCCCUUUUAAAGAUAAGGUUUCUGAGCUUAACGCCACAAGAAUUUGCCGAAGGCCCUGGCAUGUCUCCUUUACUCACAAAAGAUGAAGCUUUUGCCAUACUAAUGAACAUCCUAUGUACUGGCAACAAAACCCCUAUGCCCGAAGGUUUCUGUACUACGUCGAAUAGCAGACCAAAACCAGUCAAGACUCAUUCCACCAGUCUUGGACACUCCAGUAUAGGAGUCCCUGUAAGCAAUAUAAUGACUUCGAGACAUAUUUUUGCUCCCUACAAUAAUCUAAAUAUCCCUGUACGUUCUGGCUUUUUAAACGACGGGGAAUCCAGCAGCAGUAUGUUGCGGAACACGUCGCCGAUAUUGGUGGAUGCAAGUAUAAACAAGGACUCUGGAAACUUGCCCAAUACCCCUUCCACCACGGGAGUAGUCGUACGCGAGGGACCAAAGUAUUAUUGCCUCAGAUCGGUAGUUCAGCAAACGGAUUGCUUGAAUACAAACGUAUUGGAUUGUUCUGUUACAUUCAGUGUAGAUAAAAAUAUUUGUGUGGUGGGUGUACAGGUUCCUACGCAAGUCGCGGCGGCGAGUAAUUUUACUCACGCUAUAGACGCUGAUACCUCAUAUACCGAAAUUUUGUACGCUCAUCUCCUCGAUUGCGACGGUACGCGAUUGACAUAUACACAUUUCACCACUAAAGCGAAUUUUGGUACUCUCGUCGAAAUUACUUUCAAUCGACCAGUUUACAUUCAAAAGCACAAGAUUUAUCGAGUUGGCGUGGUAUUUAAUAAAGCUGGAUGGUAUCCGGUAGGAGUAUGCGCCCAAAACAUGUCCUGUGAUUCUGUGUUCUUCUCGUUCGGCGUGGGUAAUACUGCACAUGCGAUUCGUGACGGUCUUAUACGAUCUAUAGUUUUCACAUAUCAUUAACGCAAUAAAUCAGAUAACGAUUAAAAAAAUUAUGUUUAUAUUUUUAAUUUGUAACGAGACAAAUCUAUUCUUAUGUUGUACAGUAUAUAUAUAUAUUUUUUUAAGGUUCGUCUUUUCAUCACAAAUUUUGAAACUUGGAAAAAAUUGUAUCAAUAUAUUUGCAUCGAUUCUCUAAUAAUCUAAUUAUAAAGCUAUAAAUUACUUUCGUUAAUCUGUACUUUAAUCUGUACAGUCAGUUAAUAUCACUGAUUAUAUUGAUAUUAUUG